UCCUCUUUUAGCAGCAGCCGCCACAGGAGUGGCAGCAGCAGCUCAGAAGGGCGCGUGGGACCCGCCGGCUCCGAGCGCACAGGGACAGGCCGGCGCCCCAGCCACCGCGCCACCUCCCCGGGCGCACAAAGGCGGCGUCCGCCCUCGUGGCCUGGUUCAUCCCGGCGCCAGGGAACCCAGCUUCUCUCCUCCUCUCCGCAAGGCAAAAAUGGCAGGGCCUGGCGAGGACCUGGGACAGCGGUGGCCCUAGCCCUGCGGGUCCCCACCCUUCCAGAGAGAGGCAGCGGGCUGUCCUCGGAUGAUGUGGCCACGGCUGCUCCCUGGUACACACUGGUGGAUAUUUUGCGUGCCAUCUUACUUUCUUUAGAAGCUAUGAUUGAAGAUCCUGAGCUUCAAGUAAAUGGGUUUGUUCUGAUCAUAGACUGGAGUAACUUUACCUUCAAGCAAGCCUCUAAGCUUACACCUAGCAUGCUGCGGCUCGCUAUUGAAGGCCUUCAGGAUAGCUUCCCAGCGCGAUUUGGAGGAAUUCAUUUUGUCAAUCAACCAUGGUAUAUCCAUGCCCUGUACACUGUGAUCCGGCCUUUCCUGAAAGAGAAGACUCGGAAAAGGAUAUUUUUGCAUGGUAACAACCUGAACAGUCUACACCAGCUAAUUCAUCCUGAGAUCCUGCCCUCUGAGUUUGGAGGAAUGCUGCCCCCGUAUGACAUGGGGACUUGGGCAAGAACCCUGCUGGACCACGAGUAUGAUGACGACAGUGAAUACAAUGUGGACUCUUACAGCAUGACUGUAAAGGAAGUAGAAAAGGAACUCUCCCCCAAGUCCAUGAAGAGAUCUCAAUCAGUAGUGGACCCCACAGUACUAAAACGCAUGGAUAAAAGUGAGGAAGAAAACAUGCAGCCUUUGCUUUCUCUGGACUAAGACUUUUCCAACCCUCACACCCUGGAUUACAAAUGGAAGGUACUGGCUUCGAGCAACAGGGACAGCACUGUGGAGUACUUAUCUGCUGGAAAACCUUAUUAAUGUUAAUGUAGCAUAAUAUAUAAUAAGGCACCAAGCUUUCCCAUUUGCCUAAACUGUGGGUGCCCUGGGAUGGAUUUAAAAAUCAAAAAGGUCAAUAAUUUAUUCUGUAAGUGCCAAGUUCUUUGUAAAUACAAUGUAAUUUUCAAGUCGAGUUUGUAAAUUUUGGUAGCAAUUUAAUUUGGGAGACAUUGACUCAAAAGUUUGAGCCAGUGACAUGAAUUAUAAUAAGGAACAGAAAGAUACAGCAACUAUGAAAGUUAAUUACAUAUAGCCCUGUUGCCUAUGAAGCCAUAUUUCUGCUAUCAUAGUGAAUUGUUUCAUUGUUUUUCUCUGAAACUCUGUCAGUAUUCAAACCUAUUUUAGGCACAGGAAGCUAAAUUAUUCCAGGAAACUGUUACAAUUAAUGUCUUCCCGUUUAGUGAUUUUCAUUUCAGAGAAACUGUGUUCUAGAACUAUCUCUAACUGCAUCCUGGAGACAAAGAAUAGCAAAGGAACUGAUGAAUGAAACCCUUCGUUGACUUGCAGAGUCUUACAAGAAAAGAUGUUUAUCCACUGAAGAUGUGGAAUUCUCAAAGAGAGCAGAUUUUGUCUGUACUUCUGUCUUCACAAUGUGCCCUUUACUUAAGAUUUCAUUGUUAUCUCUGUCUGGUAUACCUUAGGAACAUUUUCUCUCAAAACCAUUUGACCAAGAAAUGAGAACUCAUAUGUGAAUAGUGUUUUCACAGCUAAUUUUGAGCAUAAAAUUUACCACUUACAUAUAAGGGGCCAAUAUCUAAUUAUUGUGCAUUUGUUGAAAAUAUAAACAUUCAUACACAACAUAUAUAUUUUUACUGAGUUCUAAUAAAUCCUUGAUGGGGCAGGCUUAUAAAUUAAGUCCCAUUAGUGGUCUUAGGGAUGUUUCUGAAAACAACUUUCACUGAAGUCAAUGAAAUUGGGAAGCAGAGAAACAGACUUCAGGGUUUCUAUUCAAAGACUUUCAACAUAUCAUAUAAUGAAAUCUUGAGUGUCUCUCACCUUAGUGAAAUGGAUGUUAUCAGGCAAUCAAGUAUAAAAAAAUUUCUUUUUUAAUUCAAGUUAAUUAUCCUCACGUUCCCAUAUGCUCACAUUUUCUUUUGAGAAAAAACUGAAAGAAAACAUGGCAGUUGACACAUAUAAAUAGAUCACUGGAGGACAUCUAAGACAUCAUAUAACAGUUUAAGUCUAUACUCCAAUCUGUAUAUGAUUUAAAGCUUUAUUUCAUAAAAUUGUAUAAUUCUAGCAAAUGUUAAAAAUCUUCAUUUAAAUUUCAAAUUCAUGUAUAGAAAGGCAAGACUUUGAUCACCUUCCCAGCAUGAUAAAUUUUGAGAUUGAGAAUUUACCAUUAUUCUUUCAAAAGAAAAAUGUCAAGAACAUUUGGAAACCAUAUAGUAGCCUUUACAUACUCUUUAGCCAAAAACUUCAAAAUUCCAGUUAUAAUUGUGUAGCCAAAAAAUUUAAAAUUGAAUCAACACACCAAUCUGCAGCAUACUCAUGGACUGCUUAGUGCUUGUAAAGUACAAAGAUCUUGAAUUGUGAAAGGUACUUUAAGAAUGCCAACUUCCAGUCAGAAGAAUAAUGACCAUCAUGUCCUCUCCUCUACCCAUUGUGGUGGCAGAGAUCGAAAUGAAUCGGGGAUUAAUAGCCAGGGCAGUUCUAGUAGAUAAGAACGGCUGCACUGUUACUGCUGCGUGUGUGUGUGUGUGUGUGUGUGUGUGUGUGUGUGUGUGUUUGUCUACUUGGCAUACAUAGUAUAGCCCUUGGCUUUUUUUUACGAUGUGAAUAUGUGUCAGGCAGUAGGAGUCAUUUGAAUAAAACAAGAGCAAUGUCAGUACAGAAGGGCAAUCAACUGCUCAUUCUCAUGAGAUUCUCUUGAAGUGCACUGUUUGUUGGCAGUUCUCAGAAUUCUACCAGCUUCAGAUGUCAUUCAAUGUAGCCAGCUCCCUUCCCCUAUCUUAAAUCUAGUGUCACAUAUAAAAAUACCUAGUAUCAUUCACACUGUCUCCAAACCCCACAUUUGGAAAUUUUGCCUUGGCAUUGCUGAGUGUCUGCUCAUCUUCAAAUGAGCAACUGAGAGUUGGCUAAAUCAUGUAAAAUAUUUAAAAAUGAACGAACAAAUUGUACAAUGAUAUCUUUUGAGAUUGCUUUAUCUAGUUUAGUCUGAGGGUACGUUCAUUUUCAGGCAAUGGUUUUGAAGCUGCUUCAUCAAAGAACAUUUAAACAACUUUAGAAUAUUCCCUUCAACAACCAGCUGAAGCACUAUUUAGACAAAUUUUUCCCUGUUGUGAUUUUUCUACAUCACAUAGCUAUAUUUACGGUUAUGUAAUCUCAUAUAUAAGCACGCCUGUGUUAUUUCACUUUAAUUUCCAUAGUGCAUUCCACUUACAUCACAGUAGUUAGUCCUAAUAAAUUUUUUUCUUUAAUUUGAAAUCUACAUUUUUCCUUACGUGGUUUCAUUACUUGACAUUUGUUAACUUCGAAGCGUUACCAGAUUGAAUUGAAAUCCUCUAAUUGUUCAUUGUCCAUUAACGUAAAAAAAUGGUGCUGGGCAUUGAGCCCAGAGUUCUGAGCUUGCUAGGCAGGCACUCUACCACUGAACUGUAAGCCAAACUCCCAUUUUCUUUUUUCACCCCACUGGUUCCAUCUUUUAUUUCUUCUUCUCCCUCUUUUUUUUCCAGUUUUUUCAGGGGAAGCUGCUUCCAAAACUGGUUUAAAAAUAAAUAAAUCUCCUCAUCAUGUUCUCAAUGAUAAUUACAUACAUAUCAUUUGUUAUUUAAAAAGGAAAAGAUUAUCCUAAAAGUGUACUGUAAGAAAUAUGAAGAAGUGCCUCUUUAAAAUAGAUUCAAGCAGCGAUAAUGGCAUACACAUUUUAUUUGUACUCUCUUCCCCCAAAUCAGUAUGUGCAUCGAUAUUGUAAGGGUAAAACAGAUAUCAUUUGAGGAAGGACAUUUAAGGGCUUGAUUUGAAUGUUCUCAUACAAUAUUAACUCCAUUGUGUAACAUUAGCAAAUUUAAUCUAUGCUAUUUAAAACAUGGCACUAUGCUAAGACAGUAGAAAGGAAGUAUUAUAAAUGAGUAUAAAGUGAGUUUUAUCACGCAAGUUGUUGAAGUGGGCAUGCAUGAUUUCUUUUAUUUCAACAAUAGUUUGCAUAAUUGUAGGGAGAGGCAUUCCUUAUGUCAUUUCAUAGAAAAUGCUUUUUUACAGUAUUAAAGUUCCUAAACAGAAAAGCCAAGGAAGAGGUCUUCUUUAAUAUUGUUAACCAGAUCAUCGUUAAAUUUUUACCAUUUCUGUAAUAUUGCUGAAGAAACAGAAUUCACUGUAUAACACCAAGAAAAAUCAAGAAUUAUUUUAGACUUCAGGGAGAAUAGAUGACUCCUCUCACAGUUGAAACCCUCAGAGUCGUGGCAGCAUGUCUUCAGACAUAGGCCUCCUUGGCUUUACACACGUCAGGCUUAGUAAGGCCACACCACUGGUCCUUUCGGGGCAUUUUAUCUGGGAAACCCACUGAGAAGCUUAUGGACUUUUGCAGUUUUGUUCAAAGCUCUGCUUUGUUAGGUUGGUUAAUAUUAUCCUUUUGCUUCUUUUAUUGAGUGCAUAUUUAUUAAUGAUUACUUGGAAAUUUGCCACUGGCCAUGGCAAUAUUCCAGAAAGAUUCUCAACAUAUAAAGUAAAAUGAACAGAUUCUUGGCAUGGUCUUUUAAAUUUUAGAUCAUAUGGUAUAUACAUGAGAUCGAUAGACUCACAGGCAGAUAUUUCAGUUUUGGCCUGCUGUGCGCAUGGGUGGCUGAUAUAAUGCAGAGCAAAGUGAAUUCGUGAGGCUAUUAGGUCAGACCUGAAGAAGCAUUAUUGGAGUAAAAGAAAAUGUGGCUAAAUAUUCAAGGUUUACAUAAUGUUCAGCAAUGAAAAGGACUUGUUUUCUUGUUUUGAUAUAAAAAUAUGCUUCCCAUAUGAUAGUGGAACUAUUGGUCAUUAUUUAAUUCUUCAAAUGGGCAAAUAAAUACAAGUAUAGGAAUACAAACAAGCCUUGACUUUAUCGCAUUAUUCACACACACUCUUUAUAGCCUAGAAAAUAUUUUUCAUGAAUACAAGCUUUUAUUUUUUAAGUAUCCAGACAUUAAUUCCACAUAUAAUAAUAAUUUUGGGAAGUUCAUCCUUCAAUGAAUUUACAGCUAAAUUCACAUAAAUUGUAGUAAAAUAUAAGAUUGCAAUUCUGUGCAUCAAAACACUCAAACCGAACCUUUUAUUCAAAGAAAGAGUACAAUGUCACUGGACUAAUGAAAAUUAUUUAGAAACCAAAUAAUUAUAGCUAUAAUAAAUGCACUUUACACUAAGUGUUGGGAAGUGUUGAGAAUUUGGAAGGUGUUUAUCAGUGUCUGACAGUUUCAGAUCUCAAUGUUGUUAGUUCUGUCCUUGAUGUUAUCAGUACAUUUAUUAUGUUAAAAUUAUUUUUGUGGUGAAUGAUAUAAUCCUGAUGAAAGUCAAACUAAAUUUUAACAAAGAUUUAAGCAUGAAACAAUUCCCAACACUAUUUUGAGAAAUUUCAAGGAGCUAUAAGUGGUUUACAUACCACAGAU